CUAGGGUGUGUGUGAUGCCCCCUUCCUAGCAGGUCCCCUCCCAGUGUGUGAUGCAUCAUGGCUCCGGUGCUGAGUGCCUUGUUGGGGCCAGGGGACGCGGGUUCAGGGGUCGCCACGGCGACAUCUCUAGGCAACGAGCCGCUGGUCCUAGUGGGCACCCUGAUGGCCAUCUCUGCGUUGGUGCUGCUCUCGCUGCUACUGCAGCUUUGUGCCAGCUGCCAGGGGUGAGUGGGACACGUAGGACACACACACACACACACACACAAUAAAAUGAAUUGCAUGAAUAAUAAUACUGUAAUUGUACUUACAGUGCCCUCAAAGUAUUCACACCCCUUGACUUUGUCCACAUUUUGUUGUGUUACAACCUGAAUUUAAAAUGGAUUAAAUUGAGAUUUUGUGUCUCUGAUCUACACACAAUACCCCAUAAUGUCAAAGUGGAAUUAUGUUUGCAAAUGUUUACAAAUGAAUUACAAAUGAAAAGCUAAAAUAUCUUGAGUCAAUAAGUCUUCACCUCUUUGUUAUGGCAAGCCUAAAUAAGUUCAGGAGUAAAAAUGUACUUAACAAUUCACAUAAUAAGUUGCAUGGACUCACUCUGUGUGCAAUAAUAGUUUUUAACAUCACUACCUCAUCUCUGUACCCCACACAUACAAUUAUCUGUAAAGUCCCUCAAUCAAGCACUUAAUUUCAAACACAGAUUCAGCCACAAAGACCAGGGAGGUUUUCCAAUGCCUCGCAAAGAAGGGCACCUAUUGGUAGAUGGGUAAAAAUAAAAUAAAAAGCAGACAUUGAAUAUCCAUUUGAGCAUGGUGAAGUUAUUAAUUACACUUUGGAUGUUGUAUCAAUACACCCAGUCACAACAAAGAUACAGGUGCCCUUCCUAACUCAGUUGCCAUAGAGGAAGGAAACCGCUCAGGGAUUUUACCAUGAGUCCAAUGGUGAUUUUAAAACAGUUACAAAGUUUAAUGGCUGUGAUAGGAGAUAACUAAGGAUGGAUCAGCAACAUUGUAGUUACUCCACAAUACUAACAUACAUUUCAGAGUGAAAAGAAGUAAGCCUGUACAGAAUAAAAAUAUUCCAAAACAUGCAUCCUGUUUGCAAUAAGGCACUAACGUAAUACUGCGAAAAUGUGACAAAGAAAUUAACUUUACAAAGUGUUAUGUUUGGGGCAAAUCCAACACAUCACUGAGUACCAGUCUUCAUAUUUUCAAGCAUGGUGGAGGCAGCAUCAUGUUAUGGGUAUGCUUGCUAUUGACAAGGACUGGGGAGUUUUUUUAGGAUAAAAAUAAAUGGAAAAAAUCAUAGAGGAAAACCUGGUUCAGUCUGCUUUCCAACAGACACUGGGAGAAAAUUCACCUUUCUCCAGGACAAUAACCUAAAACCUAAAAAAUAUACACUGGUUGCUUACCAAGACGACAUUGAAUGUUCCUGAGUAGCAUACUUACAGUCUUGCCAAUCUAUGGCCAGAUUUGAAAAUGUCUGUCUAGCAAUGAUCAACAACCAACUUGACAGAGCUUGAAGAAUUUUUAAAAGAAUAAUGUGCAAAUGUUGCACAAUCCAGGUGUGCAAAGCUUUUAGAGACUUACCCAGAAAGGCUCACAGCUGUAAUCGCUGCGAAAGGUGAUUCUAACAUGUAUUGACUCGGGUGUGAAUACUUAUGUAAAUUAGAUAUGUAUGUAUUUCAUUUGCAAACAUUUCUAAAAAUCAUUAUGUCAUCCAUCUUGAAUUCAGGCUGUAACACAUCAAAAUGUGUAAUAAGUAAUGGUGUAUGAAUACUUUCUGAAGGCACUGUAGUUGUACUGUUGAUUUCAGUUGUAACUAAUAGUUUUAUUUUAUUUUGUAUAUAUAUACAGUGAGGGAAAAAAGUAUUUGAUCCCCUGCUGAUUUUGUACGUUUGCCCACUGACAAAGAAAUGAUCAGUCUAUCAUUUUAAUGGUAGGUUUAUUUGAACCGUGAGAGACAGAAUAACAACAAAAUAAUCCAGAAAAACGCAUGUCAAAAAUGUUAUAAAUUGAUUUGCAUUUUAAUGAGGGAAAUAAGUAUUUGACCCCUCUGCAAAACAUGACUUAGUACUUGGUGGCAAAACCCUUGUUGGCAAUCACAGAGGUCAGAUGUUUCUUGUAGUUGGCCACCAGGUUUGCACACAUCUCAGGAGGGAUUUUGUCCCACUCCUCUUUGCAGAUCUUCUCCAAGUCAUUAAGGUUUCGAGGCUGACGUUUGGCAACUCGAACCUUCAGCUCCCUCCACAGAUUUUCUAUGGGAUUAAGGUCUGGAGACUGGCUAGGCCACUCCAGGACCUUAAUGUGCUCUUCUUGAGCCACUCCUUUGUUGCCUUGGCCGUGUGUUUUGGGUCAUUGUCAUGCUGGAAUACCCAUCCACGACCCAUUUUCAAUGCCCUGGCUGAGGGAAGGAGGUUCUCACCCAAGAUUUGACGGUACAUGGCCUCGUCCAUCGUCCCUUUGAUGCGGUGAAGUUGUCCUGUCCCCUUUGCAGAAAAACACCCCCAAAGCAUAAUGUUUCCACCUCCAUGUUUGACGGUGGGGAUGGUGUUCUUGGGGUCAUAGGCAGCAUUCCUCCUCCUCCAAACACGGCGAGUUGAGUUGAUGCCAAAAAGCUCGAUUUUGGUCUCAUCUGACCACAACACUUUCACCCAGUUCUCCUCUGAAUCAUUCAGAUGUUCAUUGGCAAACUUCAGACGGGCAUGUAUAUGUGCUUUCUUGAGCAGGGGGACCUUGUGGGCCCUGCAGGAUUUCAGUCCUUCACGGCGUAGUGUGUUACCAAUUGUUUUCUUGGUGACUAUGGUCCCAGCUGCCUUGAGAUCAUUGACAAGAUCCUACCGUGUAGUUCUGGGCUGAUUCCUCACCGUUCUCAUGAUCAUUGCAACUCAACGAGGUGAGAUCCUGCGUGGAGCCCCAGGCCGAGGGAGAUUGACAGUUAUUUUGCAAAUAAUCGCGCCAACUGUUGUCACCUUCUCACCAAGCUGCUUGGCAAUGGUCUUGUAGCCCAUUCCAGCCUUGUGUAGGUCUAAAAUCUUGUCCCUGACAUCCUUGGAGAGCUCUUUGGUCUUGGCCAUGGUGGAGAGUUUGGAAUCUGAUUGAUUGAUUGCUUCUGUGGACAGGUCUCUUUUAUACAGGUAACAAGCUGAGAUUAGGAGCACUCCCUUUAAGAGUGUGCUCCUAAUCCAGCUCGUUACCUGUAAAAAAGACACCUGGGAGCCAGAAAUCUUUCUGAUUGAGAGGGGGUCAAAUACUUAUUUCCCUCAUUAAAAUGCAAAUCAAUUUAUAACAUUUUUGACAUGCAUUUUUCUGGAUUUUUUUGUUGUUAUUCUGUCUCUCACUGUUCAAAUAAACCUACCAUUAAAAUUAUAGACUGAUCAUUUCUUUGUCAGUGGGCAAACAUACAAAAUCAGCAGGGGAUCAAAUACUUUUUUCCCCUCACUGUAUAUAUAUUAUUAUUUUAUAUAAAAAAUUUACUUUUCUCCCCAAUUGGUAGUUAGUCUUGUCCCAUCGCUGCAACUCCCCUAUGGACUCGGGAGAGGCGAAGGUUGAGAGCCAUGUGUCCUCCGAAACGCAACCCUGACAAGCCGCACUGCUUCUUGACACGCUGCUCGCUUAACCCGAGUGCCAGCCACACCAAUGUGUCGGAGGAAACACCGUCCUGCUGGCGAUCGAAGUGAGCUUGCAGGCGCCCGGCCCGCCACAAGGAGUCACUAGAGCACGAUGGGACAAGGAAAUCCCUGCUAAACCCUCCCCUAACCCGGACGACGCUGGGCCAAUUGUGCGGCGCUUCACGGGUCUCCCGGUCACGGCCAGCAAUUUUUAUAUCUUUUUUAUUUCACCUUUAUUUAACUGGUUAACCUUUAUUUAACACAGCCUGGGAUCGAACCCGGGUCUGUAGUGACGCCUUGGACCGCUGCGCCACUCGGGAGGCGCUAACUAAUAGUUUAUUGAUCACAUUCUUACUUUGGUACCGGCAGACAGACCAGCACAGUUGGGUGACUGCAUUAUUAGAGUCUUCUGCAGACUGUAUACUGUAGUUCAGAGGCUUCAGAGACAAAGUCAAAGUUUUAAUCACCAUCUUCCUUCUUCCUUCUUCUUCUCCAGGCAAAAUAAAUCCAAUGGCCACCCAGGAGACCAUGAGAACCUCAUGAAUGGAGUGAGUCUGUCUGAAGUAGUCCUCUUUUCUUUCCUCUUUUCCCUCUUUUAAAGCGUUCCCUCGCUUCCUUCACUUAAAACAGCAAGUAGAAGUUAGUCUGCUACAGUGUAUAUCUCUCCUUUCAUUUUCUGUCAGACGUUCCUCUCGACACUUCAGUGACUGAGGGUUGGGCUUGUGAAAACGUUGAUCAUCACAGGGUUAGUCAAUGAAAACAAGGGAGAGAACAUGUCAGAGACAACUUGUCUAGCUAGCAGAAGGGUUGAGUGGGUGGGUUGGUGUCUGCCUGGGUUAGACUCUUGGAGAGGAGACAACGGCUGUGAGUUGUGAAGCUGUUUGUGUGUGCAUUUGUGCAUUUGCCUGUGUGCAUGCAAGCGUGUGUGUGUCUCUCUCUCUGGGUGUCAGGGGGUGUCAAGCCUGAGGCAGUCACAUUAGCAUCCAUAAUGACCACAGGGAGGUGGAGAGAGAGCUCGCGAUAGAGAGGAAGAAGGGGGGAGCGAGAGGGAGAGGAAGAUGGGGAGAGAGAGAGGGACAGAGAGAGGGGGAGAAGAGAGGGACAGAGAGAGGGGAAGAGAGAGGGACAGAGAGAGGGACAGAGAGAGAGGGACAGAGAGAGAGGGACAGAGAGAGGGGGAGAGAGAGAGGGGGAGAGAGAGGGGAGAGAGGGACAGAGAGAGGGGGAGAGAGCUCGCGAUAGAGAGGAAGAUGGGGGGAGCGAGAGGGACAGAGAGAGGGGGAGAGAGAGAGGGAGAGAGAGAGGACAGAGCGAGGGAGAGAGUGAGGGACAGAGCGAGAGACAGAGGGACAGAGCGAGGGACAGAGCGAGGGACAGAGCGAGGGACAGAGCGAGGGCCAUUCACUCCUUUGUCUAAGUGUGGUGCAGAAUGGGAGGGAGGAUGACCCAGGUCAAGAGUUCAGAGGUCAACAUUAUUCGGGAAGGAAUGGACAGAAGGGAGACAUGAAUUCCAGAACGGGGAAGGAGUAUUCGUUUAAUGUGAUAAAUACAGUCAAAAUAUUUACUCCGACACACUCUCUCGCUCUAUCACUUCAACACACACACACACACUCUGUGUACUCUGGUCUGGAAACAAUGUGACUUCCACAUCGGUCUGCAGUAUCUUUAUAUAAACUGUAAUGUUCUCAGAGAAGAAUUUGUAUUUUCAGAGCCACAGUAUUGAAUUCACCUUUUCUUUCACAAGUUCACAAGUUAGCAUAUUAAUUGCAUAGUAAACUGUUUAUUUCAAUGGGAUUCUGAGUGCAUAUUAUUAAUUAUUACACUAUCCACAGCUAUUCCAUGAUGAUGAGAACCAUUACAUUUACAUUUACAUUUACGUCAUGUAGCAGACGCUCUUAUCCAGAGCGACUUACAAAUUGGUGCAUUCACCUUAUAGCCAGUGGGAUAACCACUUUACAAUGUUUUGUUUUUUUUUUGGGGGGGGGGAAGGGAGGGGUAGAAGGAUUACUUUAUCCUAUCCCAGGUAUUCCUUAAAGAGGUGGGGUUUGGGCAUUAGCUAUAGUAACGAACACAUUACACUUACAAGGGGUGAUUAAGUGAGAUAAAUAUCUCUCUUUCAGAGAUAAACUGACAUCCUCCUUUCAUUCCAACCACAUGCUGUCACACUCGCUCGGCUCACACCUCCGGGGAUGUGGAAACCUUUUUAACUGAUGGAUUGGAUAUCUGGAGAGUAACCUUUACGCCGUAAUGUAGAGCCUCGCCUGUGAAAAUAUUGAAGAGGACUUCACUUAAACAGUGGAGUGUCUGUCACAGAGUGACGGGUUAAAUAGGGGCUUUGUCUUGUCCUCCACAGGCGAAGUGCUGCACCGCUAACGCCAUCAGAUUCAGCCUAGCAACAGUCAUUACCAGACACAGCCACUACAAGGUGCUAUAGAGCUAUAUCUCACUGCCUCAUUUGGUUUUCUAUCAGUGAGGUGUCUGAAAAACAACAAACAAAGGCCUGCAGUGGCUGCUAGCUCAAUGCCCGUUUCUCCCCCCACAAUGUCAUGAUGUUAAUAUGAGUUAAAGUGUAAAUAUAUUAGAUUUUCUCAUUAGAGUUUGUUGACACUGAUUUAAUGUAUGUGUAAUGUAUUUGGCUCCACUUAGCAGAUGUUUUUAUCCAAAGUGACUUAUAGUACAGUGAGUGCAUAUGUUUUUUGUAUGUGUACUAACUGAGCCACACAGGACCACAUAGGGAUUUAGGGUAGGGUAAACUGAUCCCAGAUCUCUGUCUAUAUUAAGCCACAUAGACCCAUCCUAACCUAGUCCUUGUCACUAUUGUACAGGUGUCUGAGAGAGAGACGUUUACCGGUAGUCAGUCUGUGGACAGCCCAGGGACUGACCUAGUGGUGAGCAGUUCACACAACGGCCCACUAACCAGUGGUACAGGUAACACACACACAAUGACUUCUUCUGCACGUGUUGUUUGUUUGUCGCCGUUUCAGAGAGUGGAAUAUUCAUUCAGCAUACAUUAUUACAUCUACAUUUAACCUUCACUUUACACACUUGCUUGAUUAUUCAUUUUGCUUCCACACCUGUGGCUAUCUAGUCCAUGAGAUGUGUUCCAAUUAUAGUCUGGUAACAGAUCAGUUUGUGUUGUAGCCAGUUAUACUGUUGGCUAUAGGCCUUCUGGCAUGACAACAAACCACAAAGGAGUUGGCUAAAGCGCAAACAAGAUAUGUGAAUGAGCAGGCUAACUAGUCCAAAUUGUCCACUGCAGCUUUCAAAGAUGCAAUGUUGUUUAAGAUUAAGGCCUCCAUUCUCAAACUCUCUCUCUGUUAACCCGGCAUAACCACCCACCCACACACUCCCCCUUUGUUGUGUCCAAUUAAUUUAAAUGAAACUCAACCCAACCCAACUCAUCUAAAAAAAAAAAAAAGAUUCAAUUUGAUUGAUCCAUCCUCUCCCAGUGUUGACAGACACCCAGGACAGCAGUCCCCAGCCCUCUGAGGAGAUGCUGUCCAGCCAGUCAGAGCUGCGGAGCUCCAAGUGUCCCCAGGACCGCGAGCUGCCCAGCAUCCCACCCAACAACGCCCUGGAGGGUAUGGGAUCCUCCAGCGGACCCCCUCUACCUGUCUCUGGAGACGGCACCUACGAGGUUUUAGGGAUUCAUGCUGUUGUUGUUCCUAUGUAUUUAUACAGCUACUUAUUGGAAUGAGUCCUCUUGUGUUUAUUGUGUACUUGUACUGAAUUGUGUUGUCUAUUAUGUGUUGGAGUAGAAACCCAGGAAGAUUAGUCCUAAUGUACUGACGGCUGUCUCAAUCAACUAAACUAGGUGGUGAAGGAGAGAGGCGGCGUCUUGACGGCGUCCCGUGACGUGAGCAUUGAAGACUCCCUGUACGAGACUGUCAAAGAGCUGAAGGACCAUCCCGGCAGCCUGGCUGUAGGUCUACCCAAUGGACACGGUACUACGUCCCCCCUCAGCCCCGGUGACGACCCUCACCACCUCCACAACCACCUACCACUUUCCCACCAACGUCCAGCCCUCCACAACGGCCACCUCAGCCCCUGCAGCACCCCGGAGCGGGGGCCCCUGUGCGCGGGAGUGGAGUACGCCUCGGUGGAUCUGAACAAGAAGAGCCGUUACAGUGCAGAUCUGGAGGCCAGGCGCUCAGCCACCAUCGCUGCUGCUGUGAGCCCCACAGAGGAGCCCGAGGAGGAGGAGGAGAGACCCCCGCCUGUACCUGACAAGGUGCUGGAUGAGAAUGACAACCAGCCUACCAUGAUGGACGCAGGAGGGGUGGUGGUAAUGGGGGCCGCACUUCACAACGGAGAGGUGAGGAUGGUUGUCUGUGUUUGUGUAAGCCAAUGUGUGUGACAGAAAAAUGGAGUAAACAAGACAGUAGGACGACAGCUCUAAGGAUUCCUCACAAUACUAGAUGCAUUGAUUCACAAGAUAGUGAUUUGCAUCCUUUGCUCUGGCCUCAGCCUCAAGUUGGAGUAGGAAGAGAACAAUGGGAAAGGAGACUCCCUCUACCGCUCGAUUAGGAUCCCGAGAAGAGAGAGAUCUAAAGGUUAUUAAUGAAGUUAGGUACGCCGGGAGUUUUUGUGAGAGAGCUUUAUAAAUAAAAAGAGAGCGAUGAAUCAACCUACAGUGGGGAGAACAAGUAUUUGAUACACUGCCUAUUUUGCAGGUUUUCCUACUUACAAAGCAUGUAGAGGUCUGUAAUCUUUAUCAUAGGUACACUUCAACUGUGAGAGACGGAAUCUAAAACAAAAAUCCAGAAAAUCACAUUGUAUGAUUUUUAAGUAAAUAAUUUGCAUUUUAUUGCAUGACAUAAGUAUUUGAUACAUCAGAAAAGCAGAACUUAGUAUUUGGUACAGAAACCGUUGUUUGCAAUUACAGAGAUCAUACGUUUCCUGUAGGUCUUGACCAGGUUUGCACACACUGCAGCAGGGAUUUUGGCCCACUCCUCCAUACAGACCUUCUCCAGAUCCUUCAGGUUUCGGGGCUGUCGCUGGGCAAUACGGACUUUCAGCUCCCUCCAAAGAUUUUCUAUUGGGUUCAGGUCUGGAGACUGGCUAGGCCACUCCAGGACCUUGAGAUGCUUCUUACGGAGCCACUCCUUAGUUGCCCUGGCUGUGUGUUUCAGGUCGUUGUCAUGCUGGAAGACCCAGCCACGACCCACCUUCAAUGCUCUUACUGAGGGAAGGAGGUUGUUAGCCAAGAUCUUGCGAUACAUGGCCCCAUCCAUCCUCCCCUCAAUACGGUGCAGUCGUCCUGUCCCCUUUGCAGAAAAGCAUCCCCAAAGAAUGAUGUUUCCACCUCCAUGCUUCACGGUUGGGAUGGUGUUCUUGGGGUUGUACUCAUCCUUCUUCUUCCUCCAAACACGGCGAGUGGAGUUUAGACCAAAAAGCUCUAUUUUUGUCUCAUCAGACCACAUGACCUACUCCCAUUCCUCCUCUGGAUCAUCCAGAUGGUCAUUGGCAAACUUCAGACGUGUCACGGAUUCUGCCGAGACUGCUCCUGGUUCGGGCAGGCUUCGGCGUUCGCCGUCCCCGGAGUACUAGCUGCCACCGCUCUAUGUUUCGUAGUGUGAUUGCUUUUGUCUGUCUUUUACACCUGUGUCCAUUUGUGUGUUGAUUACUUGUCUUAUAAGUUCCUUGUUUUGCAUUAGUCUGAUUGUGUGUUGUUAUUUUCUGCCUGUCGUGCAGAGCUGCGUGUCUGCACUCUGUCUUUGUUUGGGAUUAUUGUUUACGCGUGUUUGCGUAAUUGCCUCGCCUCCGUCUGUUUUCGAGGUCGUGUUUUGUUUGUUGCUCUUUGGACUAUUAAAGUAUUUUGGACUUAUCCUCUGUGUCCUGCGCCUGACUCCUCCACCACAUCCACAUCGGAACUACUGACAAGACGGGCCUGGACAUGCGCUGGCUUGAGCAGGGGGACCUUGCGUGCGCUGCAGGAUUUUAAUCCAUGACGGCGUAGUGUGUUACUAAUGGUUUUCUUUGAGACUGUGGUCCCAGCUCUCUUCAGGUCAUUGACCAGGUCCUGCCGUGUAGUUCUGGGCUGAUCCCUCACCUUCCUCAUGAUCAUUGAUGCCCCACGAGGUGAGAUCUUGCAUGGAGCCCCAGACCGAGGGUGAUUGACCGUCAUCUUGAACUUCUUCCAUUUUCUUCCAGUUGUUGCCUUCUCAUCAAGCUGCUUGCCUAUUGUCCUGUAGCCCAUCCCAGCCUUGUGCAGGUCUACAAUUUUAUCCCUGAUGUCCUUACACAGCUCUCUGGUCUUGGCCAUUGUGGAGAGGUUGGAGUCUGUUUGAUUGAGUGUGUGGACAGGUGCCUUUUAUUCAUUUCAUUCAUUUCAUUCAUUUCAUUUGAGUCAUUUAGCAGACGCUCUUAUCCAGAGCGACUUACAGUUAGUGAGUGCAUACAUUAUUCUAUUUUAUAUAUAUAUUUUUUUUUUAUUACUGGCCCCCCUUGGGAAUUGAACCCACAACCCUGGCGUUGCAAACACCAUGCUCAACCAACUGAGCUACAUCCCUGCCGGCCAUUCCCUCCCCUAUCCUGGACGACGCUGGGCCAAUUGUGCGCCGCCCCAUGGGUCUCCCGGUCGCGGCCGGCUAUUUUAUACAGGUAACGAGUUCAAACAGGUGCAUUUAAUACAGGUAAUGAGUGGUGAACAGGAGGGCUUCUUAAAGAAAAACUAACAGGUCUGUGAGAGACGGAAUUCUUACUGGUUGGUAGUUGAUCAAAUACUUAUGUCAUGCAAUAAAAUGCAAAUUAAUUACUUAUAAAUGUGAUUUUCUGGAUUUUUGUUUUAGAUUCCGUCUCUCACAGUUGAAGUGUACCUAUGAUAAAAAUUACAGACCUCUACAUGCUUUGUAAGUAGGAAAACCUGCAAAAUCGGCAGUGUAUCAAAUACUUGUUCUCCCCACUGUACGUGACUUCAAAGAGGGCCAGCCUACUUUCUGGUAAAGAAUGCAGUGAUGUGUACUGAACUUGUUGCCCGUAAUAAAACAAAGUGCACACACCCACACCCACACCCACACCCACACACACACGUGCACGCAAACACAUACACGUACACACAUGCACGCACACACACAUACCCAAACUACAACCCCCCCCUCCCAACACACACACUCACUCGCACACAGCCAUGUCUGUCUAACCCUCCUUUGUGGCUUUUCUCCUAGCAACCUUCCUUUGUCUCUGAAGCUCCAAACAAUUAGCUGAUCAGUAAUAAAAGUGUAGUAUUGGACAGCAGGUGACGCCUAGCCCAGCUUGACCCUCUGGCUCCCUACUAUAUGAUGAAAUAUUGAACCAACCGCAGGGCUGCGCUGGGCCACCUGCACCCCCAAAGCCUGUUCCUAUUGCGUCCCCCCGUGUUGGAAUGUGGAGUCAGCAUUAAUUCUCCUCACUGCGCCUCUACCCCCACUUUUAUUUUUACAACCUCCAUAUUACACACGCACGGACGGAAUUGUAUGGACACACACACAUUUGCAGACACCCUGGGGCUGAUUUAAGGUUAACCCGAAAUGUUCUUUAUUCUCGGUGGCGGUGUGACUGGUGUUGGCUGGUGAUUUGUCUUGUCAGACCGUAAUGUGUAUGGUAAUGUAUGCAGAUUAGAGUGGAGGAGAGGAGAGGAGAGGAGGUGGGUGUCUUUGUUACGGCGCUGCGGAGAGGAGAAGAAGAGAGGGGGAGAGGAGGAGACAGGGGAAAAGAGAGGAGAGGGAAGUAGAUGGAGUAGAGAGGAGAGGGAAUGAGAUGGAGUAGAGAGGAGAGGGAAGGAGAUGGAGUAGAGAGGAGAGGGAAGGAGAUGGAGUAGAGAGGAGAUGGAAAGAGAGGAGAGGGAAGGAGAGGGAGUAGAGAGGAGAGGAGAGCCUGCACACUAUCAGUCCGACAGACCAGGCAGAUGACGGAUGACACUCAGUGUGUGUGUACACUGGAAGACAUCUGCGUGUUUACGUCUGAGAGGUUCUCCCUUAGGUAGUCCCUCAGCGCGCACACACACACACACACACACACACACACACACACGACACACACACACACACACACACACACACACGACACACACAAUAUCCUCUCCUGCUCUGUAAUACAGCUGUUGAGCCAUAAUAAACAGAAAUUACUCUGUUCAGUUGUCUGGAAUAAUUGGACUUUGUGUUGCCCGUGACCUUACAAGCUUCUGAUCUACACUGACAAAAUGUAAUUGACCUUGCCAGUCACUAGUGUGAUGUACACCAGGGGGCAUUUUCUUAGAUAAACUGUGAUAUUCAGCAUGUCAACAGUCAAGUUGUCUGUUGCCAAAGGGAAGGAGCUUUAUUUUAUUUGGUGUGUGUGUGUUUGUGUACCCAUGUGAAACCAAACCACAUAUUCUCUGGCUGACUGACUGACGCGUUGGCAUGUUAGACUUCAGUCCUCCAUCAUCAGCCUCAUAGUAGAUGUCCUGUCUGUCAGACCAUACCCCAAACUGCCUUGAUACACUACAUGACCAGAAGUAUGUGGACACCUGCUUGUCGAACAUCUAAUUCCAAAAUCAUGGGCAUUAAUAUGGAGUUGGUCCCCCCUUUGCUGCUAUAACAGUGUCACGCCCUGGCUCUGGGGACUUUUAAAUGUUGAGCCAGGGUGUGGAUUUUUCUAUGUUUAGUUUUUGUUGUUUUGUUGUUGUUUUUGUUCGUGUGUUGUGUACUAAAUAAAAUGUACGCUUAUCACGCUGCGCCUUGGUUCCACGAGUCAUCAGUCAACGUUCGUGACAGAAGAUCCCACCUAAAGAGGACCAAGCAGCGUGACCAGGAACAGACAGCCUGGACUUGGGAGGAGAUCCUGGACGGGAAGGGAUCCUGGACUUGGGAAGAGAUUCAGGCCGGAAUGGAUCGCCGUCCUUGGGAGGAGACUGUGGAGGCGCGCUACAGAGAGGAGCAGCGGCAUCGCAGAGGGUACCGGCCGAGGAGGAAGCCCGAGAGACAGCCCCAAUAAUUGUUUUGGGGGGGGCUAAAAGGCUGGUUGGCGGAGCCUAGAGUUAGAGCAGAGCCAACUCCCCGUACUCAGGCUAGGAAGCGUGAGACUGGGCAGGCUCCGAGUUAUGCGGAGCCACGUACUGUGCCGCGAGUGUUCCGGCACAGUCCUGUACGUCCGGUGCUAGCACCACGCACGUGUCGUGCUAAGAAGGGCAUGCAGCCAGGACGGGGUGUGCCGGCUCAACGCUCGUGGCCUCCAGUACACCUCCUCGGUCCCGUAUGUCCUGAGCCAGUGCCACGUGCUGUAGCGCCAGUACGAGUGCACAGCCCUGUACGUCCUGUGCUGAUGCCUCACACAUAUUGUGUGGAAAUAGGCAUUCAGCCAGGACGGGUUGUGUCAGCUCUCCGCUCCAGACCUCCAGUCCGCCUCCACAGUCCGGCCCGGCCCGUUCCGGCUCCCCGCACCAAGCCAGCCCGGUCGGCAGCCCGGUCCGGCCUGUUCCUGCUCCCCGCACCAAGCCAGUGGUGCGCGUCGCCAGCCCGGUCCGGCCUGUUCCUGCUCCCCGCACCAAGCCUGUGGUGCGCGUCGUCAGCCCGGUCCGGCCCGUUCCUGCUCCCCGCACCAAGCCAGUGGUGCGCGUCGUCAGCCCGGUCCGGCCCGUUCCUGCUCCCCGCGCCAAGCCAGUGGUGCGUGUGUCCAGUCCGGCACGGCCCGUGCCUGUUCCACUCCGGAGUCAGAGCAAUCCGCUCCACCGGGGUCCGGUCCAACUCCAGUCAGCGGAUCCACUCCGGAGCCAGAGCAAUCCGCUCCACCGGUGUCCAGUCCAGCUCCGGCCAGCGGCUCCAGUCCGGAGCCGGUAAGGUUUGGUCCACCGUCGUCGGGUCCAGCUCCAGUCAGCGGGACCAGACCAGACCAGGGGCGCAACGGGGAGGUGGAGAAAAGGUGGUGGUCACGCCCGGAGCCGGAUCCGCCUCCGAGGCGGAAUGCCCACCCGGCCCCUACCCUCUUGUGUUUGUGUGGCGCGGUCGCAGUCCGCGCCUUUGGGGGGGGGGGGGUACUGUCACGCCCUGGCUCUGGGGACUCUUAAAUGUUGAGCCAGGGUGUGGAUUUUUCUAUGUUUAGUUUUCUAUGUUUUUUGUUCUAGAUCGUUUAGAUCUAUGUUGGCCAGGGUGGUUCCCAAUCAGAGGCAGCUGUAGCUCGUUGUCUCUGAUUGGGGACCAUACUUAGGCAGCCUGUUAGCACCAGUUAGGUUGUGGGAUCUUGUUCCGUAAAGGUUUGCGUUGUUGUAACCUCAGGACUUCACGUAUCGUUCGUUUUGUUGUUUUGUUCGUGUGUUGUGUACUAAAUAAAAUGUACGCUUAUUACGCUGCGCCUUGGUUCCACGAGUCAUCAGUCAACGUGCGUGACAAACAGCCUCAACUCUUUUGGGAAGGCUUUCCACUAGAUGUUGAAACAUUGCUGCGGGGACUUGCUUCCAUUCAGCCACAAGAGCAUUAGUGAGGUUGGGCACUGAUGUUGGUCGAUUAGGCCUGGCUCGCAGUCGGCAUUUCAAUAAAUCCCAAAGGUGUUCGAUGGGGUUGAGGUCAGGGCUCUUUGCAGGCCAGUCAAGUUCUUCCACACCCAUCUCGACAAACCAUUUCUGUAUGGACCUCGCUUUGUGCACGGGGGCAUUGUCAUGCUGAAACAGGAAAAGGCCUUCCCCAAAUUGUUGCCACAGAAGAUUUCCCUUCACUGGAACUAAGGGGCCUAGCGCAAUCCAUGAAAAACAGCCCCAGACCAUUAUUUCUUCUUCACCAAACUUUACAGUUGGCACUAUGCAUUGGGGCAGAUAGCGUUCUCCUGGCAUCCGCCAAACCCAGAUUUGUCCAUCGGACUGCCUGAUGGUGAAGUGUGAUUCAUCACUCCAGAAAACGCAUUUCCACUGCUCCAGAGUCCAAUGGCAGCGAGCUUUACACCACUUCAGUCGACGCUUGGCAUUGCGCAUGGUGAUCUUAGGCUUGUGUGCGGCUGCUCGGCCAUGGAAACCUAUUUCAUGAAGCUUCCGACGAACAGUUCUUGUGCUGACGUUGCUUCCAGAGGCAGUUUGGAACUCGGAGUGUUGCAACCGAGGACAGACGAAUUUUACGCGCUACACGCCUCAGCACUCGGCGGUUCCGUUCUGUGAGCUUAUGUGGUCUACCAUUUCGCGGCUGAGCCGUUGUUGCUCCUAGACGUUUCCUCUUCACAAAAACAGAACUUACAGUUGACCGGGGCAGCUCUAGCAGGGCAGAAAUUUGACGAACUGACUUGUUGGAAAGUUGGCAUUUUAUGACGGUGCCACGUUAAGUCACUGAGCUCUUCAGUAAGGCCAUUCGACUGCCAAUGUUUGUCUAUGGAGAUUGCUUGGCGGUGUGCUCGAUUUUAUACACUUGUCAGCAACGAGUGUGGCUGAAAUAGCCGAAUCCACUAAUUUGAAGGGUUGUCCACAUACUUUCGUAUAUAUAGUGUACAUUCUUAUCUAGAAGACAUCUUACCUGAGUCAAGGAAUGUCUUAACAUGCACACUUUUCAUACUUUCAUAGUUUUUCCUGACCAUAAAAGAGACCUGACCUGACAAAGAACAACUCUGGGCCCUAGUUUCCAGCUGUAAUAUGGUCAGGACAAAUUACUUGGCUGGUAUAUCUAGGAACCAAUUUUUUCCUGGUCAAGUCGUGUAGUCAGGAACAACUCCUGGUUGUAGUCAUGAAACUACUUACUUAACUGGACUGGCACUUUAAUUUGUAAAGCUACAUGGACGAAGACUUUAGAGACACUGAAUUAGAACAAACUAAUAUUAUGAGAGACACACGGAGGCUCGUUGAUGACAGGGUCAAGAACUUGUCUUCAUGAUUCGACACCACUGGGCUCCAAGGCAAUCAAAUGAAUUGGUUUGCUAAUUAAGCCAAAAUAAUGUGUGUCCAUAAAGUAAGCAUAUCGAUUCAAUGCUCUCUGAGACAGAAACAAAGGAGAGAUGAUGGAGAGAUGCUGAAUAUAGAUGGAGAGAUGAUGGAGAGAUACUGAAUAUAGAUGGAGAGAUGAUGGAGAGAUACUGAAUAUAGAUGGAGAGAUGCUGAAUAUAGAUGGAGAGAUGAUGAAUAUAGAUGGAGAGAUGAUGGAGAGAUGCUGAAUAUAGAUGGAGAGAUGAUGGAGAGAUGCUGAAUAUAGAUGGAGAGAUGAUGGAGGGAGGCUGAAUAUAGAUGGAGAGAUGAUGGAGAAAUGCUGAAGAUAGAUGGAGAGAUGAUGGAGAGAUGCUGAAUAUAGAUGAAGAGAUUAUGCUGCAUAUUGAUGGAGAGAUGAUGGAGAGAUUAUGCUGAAUAUAGAUGGAGAGAUAAUGCUGAAUAUUGAUGAGAGAUGAUGCUGAAUAUAGAUGAAGAGAUGAUGCUGAAUAUAGAUGGAGCGAUGAUGGAUUGAUGAUGCUGAAUAUAGAUGGAGAGAUUAUGCUGAAUAUUGAUGGAGAGAUGAUGCUGAAUAUAGAUGGAGAGAUGAUGGAGAUGCUGAAUGUAGAUGGAGAGAUGUUGGAGUGUGUCACGGUCGUUCAUGAACGAGACGGACCAAGGCGCAGCGUGAUAUGCAUUCAUGUUUAUUUAAGAAAUAAACGCACAACCAAAACAACAAACGAAACGUGAAGUCCAAGGUAGACAAAAUAACAUACCUCACACUGAAAAAAGAUCCCCCAACCCACUAGUGCCAACCGGCUACCUAAGUAUGGGCCCCAAUCAGAGACAACGAGCUACAGCUGCCUCUGAUUGGGAACCACCCUGGCCAACAUAGAUCUAAACGAUCUAGAAACUAAACAUAGAAAAACCCAACACAGAAAAUACACACCCUGACUCAACAAAUACAAGUCCCUUGAGUCAGGGCGUGACAGAGUGAUGAUGCUUAAUAUAGAUGGAGAGAUGAUGCUGAAUAUAGAUGGAGAGAUGAUGCUGAAUAUAGAUGGAGAGAUGAUGCUGAAUAUAGAUGGAGAGAUGAUGCUGAAUAUUGAUGGAGAGAUAAUGCUGAUUAUUGAUGGAGAGAUGAUGGAGAGAUGAUGCUGAAUAUAGAUGGAGAGAUGAUGCUGAAUAUAGAAGAUGAUGAAUAUAGAUGAUGCUGAUUGAUGCUGAAUAUAGAUGAUGAUGAAUAUAGAUGGUGGUGGUCAACCCUUUCUGGUUCUACAUUCAAGUAAUCCAACCAUCAAUCCUCACCAGUCCCCGUGUAAAGUCAUUGGUUAACCUUGGUUUGUCCAACUCAAGAUUUACAUCUUAUAUGACCUUGACCAAGUGAACAAUGGAUUUUAAAACAGGCUUAAUCCUCAGUACACCCAACCUAUAGUAGGCUUGAAAUAGUAGCCAGCUAGCUACCGUACCAACUCUGAUAUUGACGUUCUCUUCAGACACCCCAGAGAGGUGUUUUUUUUAUGUCUGUCAGCUAUGUGUUGUUGAUUAAUGACUCCAUCGAUCAUAAGGGACUGUAUGUAGCAGCUAUACCCAAUAACAUCGCUACAAUUCUCAUUGUGUAUUAACUGAUUAAUCAGUAAUGUUGUUCAUAAAUGAUUGACUACAUAAUAUACACCUGCUUAGCUCACGUGCGAGUAUGCACAACACACAUGGUUAUUUUAUAUUGUAAAGCGUGAACUUGUUUUUGUUGUUUUCUCUUCUAGUUGCACUCUCCGCUCUCUCCCUCACCGGGGCUACACAACCAUGUGCUGUCAGAGAACGAGGUAGGGUUGUGACUUUCCACUGAACUCAUUCCCCUAUUGUCCUGAUGCUUAUACAGGGAUCAACUGAAAAAGAGAUGUCAGUCUCACUGUGACUUCCCUGGUUGAAUAAAGGAUACAUAAAUCAAAUAGUCCUUCGAUGCUCACACUGACUGCAUCCUCUCCUCUCUCGCUCGCUCGCUCUCUUGCUCUCUCUCACUCUUUCUCUCUCACACUCUUGCUCUCUCUCACUCUUGCUCUCUCUCACGCUUGCUCUCUCUCACGCUUGCUCUCUCUCACUCUCUCAUCCCUCUUUCUCUCCAGCUGUCAGACAUGUACUCCACGGUGAGGAAGACACACCUAGACGUGGAGGAGAAGGAGAGUGACUACAGCAGCAUCGCAGAGAUCAAGGGUCUGGUCCCUGAGUCGUCCUCCAGUGAUCUCUACGCUACUCUCAGGGACAUCUACCCCCAGCUCGGAGAGGGGGAGUCAGACCCCCAGCGACCCCCUGGGGACCUCCAGGAUCCCCCUGCGGAGAGCAUCGACCCGGGCUACGAGAACAUCUGCCUCACUAAGACUGGUAGUGGAGAGGACUUGGGGCUAAGGAACCAGGUUCAGGAGCCAGACUAUGAGAGUGUAGAUGAGCUGGGCCUGAACAGGGAGAGUUCCCGUCUCUAA